AUAUUUGGACAAACUCAAGCCCUUUAUUUGCUAUAAUCAUGUCAAACCUAAUCACAUACGCCCGUGACUUUCUCGCCUCAAUUGGUCUCAUGAGACCAUCCUCAGGCACGCCAAUCACAAGCUUAUUCAGUACCCUUCCAGGCCACCACCGCAUCCUCCUUAGCGGGCUUGACGAGGCUGGCAAGUCAACUCUCUUGCGCUCUCAUUUGAUCACCAAUGAAAAAGAUAUAUCUGUUGUCGUAGGCAUGAUUGCCCAUCAGGUUGAAGUCUAUAGAUGCGGCAAUGUCACUUUCCAAACCAUUGAUCUCGGUGGUGGCAGGCCUGAGCCAUACUGGAGGAUGGAGAGAUCGUUCAUCAAGCAUUGCGAUGCACUGAUAUGGGUCGACGACUCAGCCGAUCACGACCGUCUCAUAGAAGCAAGAGAAGAACUUUUCCGAGCUGUGCGCCACCAAGAUGGAUUGCGCAAUGACAUCCCUGUGUUAAUUUUAGCAAACAAGCAAGAUAAUAGCACCGCUCGUACAGCAGAGCAGAUAAAAGGGUUUUAUGUCGACGAUUCUUCAUCACCUUUAGUAAAUAUACCACAUACUGGCGAAGGGUUGUUCGAGGCUUUCAGGUGGCUCAGUGAGACUGUUGAGAGCAGGAUGAAAUAUGACACUGGCAUUAACGAGAAGGUUCCGCUAUACGACAAAGAGGAGGAAGCGACUAGAAUCAUUAUGGAAGGACUACAGCCAGGCCACAAGGAGGAGAUUAAUAUAACUGCAGGCCGCAAGGUUAAGCUUUUGGUAUACUCCUAUAUCUUCACGAAAUCCUCAGUGAACUUUCCAAAUCAUAUUUCAUUUCACGUCAUGAGGCUUUUCUAUUUCGCGUGUGCGCUAUUCGCUUCAAUAUUCCAUGCUACCGCUGAACCUGUUCCCCCAGUCUAUCCAGACAGACCGGAAUGGCAUCCGAUGUUCCAAAACAAUCUCUUGCCAUAUCCACAGUUGUGGUGGCACGACAAUAAUCCAUGGAAAGCCGUCAGCAGGGGCGCAGAAAUUGUGUACCAUGAGGACAACUACGAUCGCGGGAUGCUAGUCGGACCUUAUACAGCUGGUUUCUUUCUAUUUCAACCUGGCCUUAGACCGAAUUUCCGUAUCAACCAGCUCAAUUUGACAGCCGACACGCCGUACUUUGUAGCUGGCCAAUAUCGGCUUACCAUGGGGAAGAUCCUCCGAAAGUUCGAUUGCAGAAUACGCUUCGCGUUCCCUAGUGGAACUUAUUCACUUUCGGUCGUUCAAAAGAAGCGAAGUCAUAAGAAGCUUCAUGAUUUUAGGGUGGAUAUUCUGGGGUUGACAGAAGACAGCCAUGAGCUGAGAGUGAAGUUAUGGUGCAAGAAAGCAUUCACUUCUACGACCAAGGUUCAAAUCAAAAUUAAUGGGCUCCAUAUUGGGGCGUUUCCGUGA